AUGCAUCCUGGAAUAGAAAAACUUAAAAGAACUAUGAAAGUAUAUUUCGACUUUGCUGGAUUAAGCAAAUUGAUCGAAGAAGUAACACAAAACUGUGUUGAAUGUGCCCGCAAUAAAGUUAGCGGAAGAAGCUAUGGCGAGCUUAAAGGUUUUAUUGCAGCUGAAAUACCCUGGCAAAAGGUUGGUAUAGACAUUUACGGCCCUCUUAAUCAUGAAGAAAAUAAUUAUAAAUUUUACGUUUUAUCAAUGAUUGAUGUAUUCAGUAGAUAUGUUGAAUUUGCAAUUGUUUCUGAUAUAAGUAGUGUAACUAUCACUAAGACAUUUUAUAAUGAAUGGAUUCUUAGAUAUCCUUUACCUGAAAUCGUUAUAAGUGAUAGAGGAACACAGUUCUUAAUAAUCAGUUUAAAGAAUUAUUAG